CCCCGCCCCGAAACCGUUGCUCAGCAGAUGGCGGAGUGAGAAAAAAAACACCAAAGAGUAUCCUUCCGCAAAGCCGCCUGAAAAGGAGUCCACCAGCCCGGCCAUGCUCACGGAGAGACCAAACAUGGAGCUACAUGGAAAAGCAAGCGUGGUCUAGGCCGUACCGUGCGUCGAAGGAUUAUGUUUCAGCCUCGGACGGGCUAAGCUUGAAGCGAUAAGGGCCCCGUUGGUGUCAGCGGAGGGAUCUGAGCCAGGCGGCAGUGGCGUGACGCGACGGUUAUACGUGCGGGUUUCAAUGGAAAUAUCAAGAUGUUCAGCAAUGAUUUUCAGCUGGCACUAUGAGAAUGGCACAGAUGCAACCGUCUCACUCAGGAUUAUGUCCAUGUCUCAAGAACAGAACACCAUUCGAAGUACUUGCAAAACAAACCGGUGAUUUUAAUAUGCAGAACUGAUUAAACUACAAAGCAGCAGAUUUCAGCCUGUUCUUCUGCCUGCAAGGAGUCUGGAACACAUUUUUUUACAGCUGGCUCUGCCUACUGGGUUGAACUUCUAAUAGUAGACAUUAGACAAGAAGUGUUCAUGAAGAAGAAAAGCCUCAAGAAGAAGAUGGUGAGGAUCUGAAUCUGCUACAGGGAAAUCCCAAGCUGACAUUCUUCAAGCACCACAGCAAGAUAUCUGAGCACCACAUCUUCCUCUUUGUUUGCAGUCUUUAUCAAAUAGAAAUAGUAGAGCAGAAAACAUGCUGAACUGGAAUAAUUUCCCAUGGAGCUGGAGGAUCUGCAGAUGCCUUAUGGCUGCUAACGUAUUAAUUGAAGACACUGAGAUUUAUUCCAAGGCAGAGACACCUUGUAUCCUCUAAGUUACAGAAGGUGAAAUGGGAAGCAAAGAAAAGACUUCUUAGAAGACACUUUUAUUGCAUGACUUGAGGCUUAUAUUUGGCACUCUUUACCCUGCAUAUUAUUCUUACAAAGCCGUGAAGUCAAAGGACAUCAAAGAAUACGUCAAAUGGAUGAUGUACUGGAUCAUAUUUGCGCUUUUCACAACAGCGGAGACAUUCACGGAUAUCUUUCUUUGCUGGUUUCCAUUCUACUAUGAACUCAAAAUAGCUUUUGUAGCUUGGCUGCUGUCUCCAUACACGAAAGGCUCCAGCCUCCUGUACAGGAAAUUUGUUCAUCCAACACUAUCUUCAAAAGAAAAGGAGAUUGAUGACUGCCUCGUCCAGGCGAAAGAUCGGAGCUACGAUGCCCUUGUGCACUUUGGGAAGCGAGGACUGAACGUCGCAGCCACAGCAGCCGUCAUGGCAGCUUCGAAGGUAAAGGUCUCUCAGCUGCUUCAUUUACACUUGUAUUUGGACCAGAAAAAAGGGCAGGGACAGGGGGCCCUGUCUGAGAGACUAAGAAGCUUUAGCAUGCAGGAUCUCUCAACGAUUCGUGGAGACAGCAGCAGCACUGUUCCUCCCUCGGUCACUGUACGAACAAGUAGCAAACAGAGCCAGCCAAAAACAUCCAGAAGUGUGUCGGAAGGCACUGGCAGCUCAGUGUGCACAUGUUGCUCCGUAUGCCGACUCCUCAGAGUGGCAGAUGAAAGGAGAGAGAGGCCUUCGAUUUGGGCGUGCUGGAAGAGGGAGCUGCCAAGCAGCUUGUCUGUGGGGGAAGAAGAAAUCCAGACAGACAGCAUCUCUUGUUGUUGGAAGCAAAGGGCCUUUGUAAUUCCUCUUUUUCUCAUCUCGUGCACUUUUUAUUUGCACACUGCAGUCAGUCUGGGGACAGCAGCAGAGAGACUGAAGGACCCCAGUGCUGCCACCGGGCUGCAACUGUCGCUGCUGGCUGUGUCACUUGGAGCAUCCCAGGGUUUGCCCUCCCACUGCCUUGCAUCUGAUUUUCCAUGUGGUUUUGUGCAGCAUUAGAGCUUGGAGGGCAAUGAUCUCAGCCAGACACCGAUUCCUUGCACACUGCGUAGGUGCCAAAUUAACCUUCAUACCUGGUUUGUCACCCUCCCUGCUGUCCUUCUCUGUUUUUUUGCACUAAUAGAGUCAGGGUGAGUGUGCCACCAUACAGGAGAGUGAAGCCCAUUUAAGGUGAAAUCUGUUUAAGCAACGAUGAAACACUUGCAUUCACAGUGCAUUUUAUUAGCACUCUUCUAAUUUUAGCCUAAACCGAUUUUAUGGAUUUAACUUCAAAGUGUUAUUUAUAAAAAGAAUCACUGAAUCCUUAAGUGCUUAAUAAUCAUGAGUUAAUCUGAAGAAAGUAAUUUAAUGAUGCUAAAGCAGUAAUCAGUCCAAUAUGUUUACAAAUUGGGCUCAAAGUCAUGUUGAUCCUGUUUAAAUUGCAUUCCCUGUCUUUCGGAUUGGCUUGGUUUACUAUUUUUUCCUCCCUGACAUAAUCCAGUCCCUUGGACCACGGGAUAUGCUGAGGCUUUAUCUCAUAGAGGGUUCAUUCUGCCUCCUCAGGCUGCCCUUUCUCUGUCUCCAAGGCAAUAUGUGCAUUAAUGCCCUCUCAGACAACAGCCUGCCGUUAAAAAAGCUCCUUUGUGAGUGCAGCUUUGGUGGCUUAGAGAGCUGACUGCGUAAUGUGAACACAUUUUCUCAGUGCAGGGGGAGAAAGCAGGGGAAAGAAAGAAACUAAUUUGGUUUCGGUCGUCUAAGUUGUCAUAGCCUAUUGGCACUCAUCUUUCCUUGGUGCAAACUUUUGUGUAGCCUGUUUCAGAAUACAGUUGUUGAAAGUACUCAUCUUCAAAGAGUUUAUAAUCUAAAUGGGAAGAUAGUCAAGCCUUACCUCAAGCAGGAAUAUUACAAGCUGAUUUAGAGCUGGGUCACAGCCUUUCAGGCAGGAGCCUUAAUGCUCUUUUGGGUGAAACUCAAUUGUUUCUCUCACUGGCUGCCCCCUAGAAAUCCCCACAGCCCUUAGGAGAGCACAAAAUCCACUCCCUACAUGAUAUCAGUGUUGUCCAAAAUGUGGAUCCGUUACCUGGUGUGCAAUAAGCCAAUAACUACAUCACCAAGAGAAACAUUGUUUUAUUCAGGUUUGUGCAAAUCCCAGGUGCUUGGAAGUUUUUCCUCAAAUCAAAGCAUGCACUAAGGGGUUUGUCGCAUUCAUUUAUGCACAAAAUCACACGAAGCCCUACAUUAUUCAUCAUGUGUGUAAUCACAUACUUCCAUAUAAUUAUAAUAAAUUCCAAGACAUUCUUUGCACCUUCUGUGCAGGCUCCGAGGAGGGCUUUAGGAGCGUCUGGUACUCAGUAUCCCAAAAAUUACCUGUCAAGUUAAUCUAUC